UUCACGUCUUCCAACCAUGUUACGGCCACGUCUCUUUCGAAUAGGGAAUUCCCUAAGGACGUUCCGGCGAUCCGUUCACAGUGUUCCUUCGCUCAUGCAUGAUUUCAGAGAGGGGGUUCCGGGGCUUCUUUCCCCCCAGGGCUUCGAUAUGGCCUGGACUCAAUAUCAAGGUCUUAUGUUAGAGAAGCUCAGUAGCCUUACAGCAGGAGGAGAAUACGAGUUCAAAACCACAAAGGACAUCGCGAUCAAGUACGCUCGGGAUCCAAACUCAGCACCGAUAUUCAACUACGCCUCAAUGGCACACAACAACGCCUUCUUCUUCUCCACCAUCACGCCCGAGCCGAAACCCAUGUCCGCCGAGCUCAAAAAGGACCUCGAAGACUCCUUCGGCUCAAUCGAGACCUUACAGCGCGAGUUGAUCGUCACAGCGAGCUCCAUGUUCGGGCCCGGCUUCGUCUGGCUCGUGAAAUCAAGAGACAGGAAAUACUCCAUCUUGUGCACAUACUUGGCUGGCUCUCCGUAUCCAGGAGCGCAUUAUAGGAGACAACCAGUGGAUAUGAACACUGGGGACACUUCGGUGGCAGAGGCGAUCAGGAGGACGAAUGCUUGGGAGCCGGUGAAUACAGUGGGCUUGCAUGGCGCCCAGAGCCAGAAGAAGAUGGCGCCUGGCGGAAUCGAUCUCAAUCCGAUUUUGUGUAUCAAUAUGUGGGAGCAUGUGUACCUGCCCGAUUACGGGGUCGGCGCGGGUGGUGUGGGAGGCAAGAAGGCGUUUGCGGAGAGCUGGUGGCAUGUCAUUGAUUGGGAAGUCGUGAGGAAAAAUGCUGAGGUCAACCCCCAGAAAAAGUAUCUCACUUGAGGUACGAGGUAGGCAUUAUAGCAUAUUGGGAGCAAUGAGGCGGCGUUCAGGCUUAAACAGAUAUGUGUAUGAUAGUGUAUGGAGACUACACAAGCAUGGGGGGACGUAGACUAAGAUGGAGGCUAAAAUUCUACUGCAUAUACACAUUCGGAAG